UAUUUUUAUAUUUUUAUUCGUUGUUAAAUUAAAUAAAAAUUUAGGGAAAUACUAGUAGUAAGUAACCGCUUCCCUUUGGCAUCAAUCACCGUCAAAACAUCUCUCUAAAUGCUUUGCUGCAAAAAUUUCUUCUCAUGUGUACGGGUAAGUGAGCCACCAAAUCAAAAUCCAAACUAGAAGCUUAGAAGAAAAACCAAUAUGAUAUUAAAUUGGUAAAUAUUCAAGCAAAAUUCCAUUGUGACCAUUGAACGAAAACUUCAACAACGAAACACAAUUCCAUCAAAGCGUGUAUUGAGUCAGGUCAGCCUUACUGAGUCAAGUUGUAACCGAUCAUGACCUGCAAUAUUGCCGCAACACCCAAGCAACUGUGAUGUAUCACUGCAGUCUCGAGAUUGAAUUAGAACACCAAAUUAGAGAGUAAGAGAGUCACCUACAGGUUGAAGAGGAUGGGUAGAUUCACUUUUCUGACGACGGUGUCGGCCGUAAAUCGACGAACGGUGAAGCAGCCUUGACAUUGGAAAGUUUAAUUAAGGAAAGGAGUCAAGGCGGUGUACGAUUUGAGUAUCAGUUGAAUAUUCCAAUUUAAGAUGCAACACACGUCAUUCGUGAAUGAUUCGUGAAGCUAGGCUUCGCGACAUCCAGCAUUUUCCAUAUCAAAUUGCCCAUAAAAAACCAGUCAAUUUCCACUUGCUUGCGUUGGAUAAUCGUCAGUGAUUAUGUUGUCCAUUAAUUAAACAUUAGCAUUAGUCAACCACUAUAGGUAACCCAUCACAACAUGCAUCAACUUGUUCAAAUUUUUUGAAUGGUUGACCCAGCCAAGUCUUACUAACUUCUGAUUAAUUACUAAUUAGCACACAUAAACAAUGAACCAAGCCACAUUAAUAACAAGUCAAAACAGAUUAAAAGAAUCUCCUAUUCAUAUUCAAACAAUGCAAUACUUUAUCAUCUAUUAGUAACUCACAAUGUACUAACUCAUACAUUGGUCUCACGCUAAAAUCUUUGAAGCUAAAUCACAGUUUUCUUGUAUUAUAAGUAAUUCAUAUUGAAGCAAGAAAGAGUGAAUCAAUGAAGAAACUUAAAGAGAUAAUAGGAAAAUUGAAGGACAAGGCAUCACAAAGCAAAGCAGCAAUUUUUUCCAAACACAAAACUCUUUCCCUCCUUCGCGCCACGACCCAUGAUUCUUUCACCCCUCCAAAACACAAACACCUCACCACCCUUCUUUCCUCUGGAGACGGUUCACGUGCUACUGCAUCAACUGCAGUAGAGCUUCUGAUGGACCGUCUCCAAACAACUCAUAACUCAGCAGUAGCUCUCAAAUGCUUGAUCGCCGUUCACCAUAUCAUCAAACACGGCACUUUUAUUCUCCGUGAUCAGCUCUCGGUGUACCCUUACACAGGGGGAAGAAACUACCUUAAUCUCUCUAACUUCCGAGACAAAACAAAUCAUGUUUCUUGGGAACUGUCUUCUUGGGUUAGGUGGUACGCGCAAUACAUCGAACACCUUAUGUGCACUUCUAGAAUCUUAGGUUUCUUCAUCGGAGAAACCACGCCGCUUUGUAAGCCACAAGAAGAAAGAGUUUUGGCUGUUACUAAUAGUGAUCUGUUAAGAGAAAUGGAUUCUUUGGUGGCUUUGAUGGAAGGAACUGUGAAAAGACCCAAUACUCCAACAAGUGAAAAUAACAAGGUGGUUGUUGAGAUAAUGGAUUUGGUUGAAGAUGAUGGGGUUGUUGCUCUGAGUGAAAUUUUGGUUAGAGUUCAGGAAUUUGGGGAGAGGGAGAAAUUGGGUUGUCUUGGUUUUGGAGAAAUUGUGGAAUUGGUUUGUGUUUUGAAGAGAUUAGAAAUGUGCAGAGAGAGAAUGAUGAUGGUGAUGGAGGGGAUUGAGGAGAAGAGAUUUUGGGAUUCAGUGAGAGAAUUGAAGGAAAAAGUUGGGAGGAUGAAGGUGUAUAGGGAAGAAGGGAAGGUUUACACGAAUGCAACAAAAGAUAGAAGAACUGAGUCGGAUAGGUUUGAUGAUAGAGUUCUUAGUUCUGUUGGUUCUAUUACGUUUCCUUCUUCAAGGUUCUUUUAGUCAUUAAUGUGAUAAUAGGAUGAAACAUUUUGUGUUUUUUUUUUUUUUUUGUUCUAAUUAUCUUAUGUUGAAAUUUUAGUGUAUAGUAUUAUGUGAUGGUACAAAUUGAAGUAGGAAUUUACAAUGUGUGUGAUGAAUGGUUUUGGUUGAAUGUAUUUUUAAAGGCCAAAAAAGAUUAUAUUAAACAAUGACAUUAUAUGAUUAUACAUAAUAGAAUUCACUAAUACUAUGGGAUCAAACUCUCAUAUUCUCAUGUGUUAGAUUACAAAGAAAAUAAGAACAAGUGACAGGGAAAUUAAAUAGUAUAAGCUUAUCCUGAUAUGA